GCGCCGCUAUAAAAUCAAAUCACCGAACCCCCGGCUGCUUUUACUCUCUGUUGGGCCUUUUGUGAGUUUAUCACUCAACUUUUAGAACAUGUUUGUCCUCCACACGAGUCUCUGUGACACGUCCAUGUUUGUAUCGCUGCGUCGCCGCUAACCGGCGUUAUUUAACGGGGAAAACAGGACCGGAAGCUGCCCUUCCAGCCAUAAUAGUACUGUUAAGUGCGUAGUAAGCAUCAUCCAGCAACUGCUUCUAUCUUUAACAAGUCCGCUGUUGAAGAGUCGCCCUCUUUUUCGGAAGUUGUGCUGAAGAAGGAGCAGCACCUCCUCAGCGAUCAUGUCCAGACGGAGCCUCCGGCUGGAUGAAGGCCUGUUGGACCGAAGUAUUCCUCGUGGCAGCGCCUCCUUCAGUGUGGGAGGAGCCAGCUGGAGGAGCAACAGGUCGUCCCGUCGCUCUCAUCUCUCGGCCUCCUGCUCCGAGUCUCUCCUCGUCGGUUCUCCUCGUCGAGCGCUGGUCCCGCCGCUCCUCAGCAGCAGCGUUGCCUCUGACGCCUCCUUGCUGUCGUCUCUACUGGACGACUCCGUGCAGGAGUCCACGCUGGUCGACACCUUCUGGGGCUUGGACCAGGAGUUUGAUUCCAAAGACGCCACGGUGCUACUGAACCAGCGCCCUGUGGACGCUGUCCUCCGAUGUCCCAAACAUCUGCUUCACUCUCACGGCCCGCUUCACUGUGGACAAUGUGAGCUGCAGGCCGCCGGCGCUGAGGCCUCGACCAUCUACGGCCGGGACCGCAGCCGCAGGAGCACGGCGGAUGUGCUGCAGAUGUGGCUCCGCCCCUUCAGGCUGUGUGUCAGCAGAGCUGCAGCCGGCUGUGGGCGUGUCCUCGCGCACACCUGGCAGGUGUGUGAGGAGCUGUUCUCACAGGACGGACACGGAGCUGCACCCGGUCUCUGUGGAGUCAUGGACCUGAAGGAGUCCACCUCCACCCAGAAGGAGCUCCAUCCAGACGGAUCCCUGUGUGAGUCUUCAGGGACCAAAGCUGGUCCACUCGUCUGUCCUUUUGAUGUCUGUCUUCUCUUGUUGUCUCCGGGUGUCUCUUCAGGUGAUUCAGCAGGUGACCGGAGGAGGACCAACAGGCGAUGGAGUCACAUGACCUCCAGCUUCCUCCUGACUGGGUCUGCUGUGCUCCUCCUGCUGCUCCUCAGCCUGUGUUGGUUUGGUCCGGCUCUGCAGUCUGUCAAUGUCACCGAGUGGACCCACAGCCCCCCAGCAGGGGGCGCCGGGCAGUCGGGGGAGGUGCUUACCGACAGCAGAGAGGAGCUGAUUGAGCGGGAGGCGUCUUUAAGGUCGGUGGGGGACGUCUCGCCGGGGGACGUCUCGCCGGGGGACGGCUCGGUCCGGCUGCUCCGGCUGGAGGAGGGUCUGGUGGCGCUGGGGGAGCGGGUGGAGGCCGGCGGGCGGGAGGCGGAGCGGCGGCAUGAGGAGGUGCUGCAGCUGUACGAGGAGCUCCGGCUGCUGGUCUCAGAUCAGAGCCGCAGAGAGGAGGCGGAGCCAUGGAUGAGGAACCUGAUGGAGCAGAAGUUAGAGCAGCUCAGCAGAGGACUGGAGGACAGGCGGCAGACGGAGAAGUCGCUGCAGAAAGAUUCACUUCAGAGUCAGAAGACUCGUCUGGAUGAGCUGGAGCUUAAGCUACAGGAGGAGCAGUGGAGACGAGAAGCAGACUCCUCCUCCUCCUCAUCAUCUUCCUCAUCACUAGCUGCAGAUGGCAUGUCCCAUGAUGCAUUGCUGUCAGAGGUUGCUCAGCUGGCGGCGGCGCUGCAGGACGUCCGGCGCCAUGUGGAAGGUCUCUCUGGCUGUGAGGAGAGCUGCAGACGCCUCGACGGGAUCCAGCAGGCGAUCUCUGCUCAGGUCCGUGAGGAGGUCCGGCUUCUGUUCUACGGCAACCAGCUGUCGGUGGUUGACGGGGCCCCCCCCCCCGAAGAAGGGCCCGCCCUCCAGGAGCCGCUGGUCCAGCGCUACGUGAGCACAGACGACCUGCAGGCGGCGCUGCUCGCCCUGGAGCUCCGCCUCCUGCAGAACGUCAGCCGGCAGCUGGAGGGGCAUCGAGGGGGCGAAGACUCCGCCCUGACCCCGGAGGACGUCGAGGACAUCGUGGCCGACGCCCUGCGUCUCUUCUCUCAGGACAGAACCGGCCUGGCCGACUUUGCUCUGGAGUCUGGAGGCGGCAGCAUCCUGACCGCUCGCUGCUCUGAGACCUUCCAGACCAAGGCGGCGCUGCUCAGCCUGUUCGGACUUCCUCUGUGGUAUUUCUCCCAGUCUCCUCGGGCCGUGAUCCAGCCAGAUGUCCAUCCAGGGAACUGCUGGGCCUUCAGAGGCUCCAAAGGGUUCCUGGUGAUCAGGCUCUCCAUGAAGAUUCUCCCCACAGCAUUCUCCAUGGAGCACAUCGACAGAGCCUUGACCCCCAGCGGGAGCCUGGAGAGCGCCCCGAGGGACUUCACCGUCUACGGCCUGAAGGAGGAAGAAGAAGAUAAAGAGAAGAAGCUUCUUGGCUCCUUCACCUUUGACUCUGAGGGAGAACCUCUACAGACGUACCACGUCACUGAGGAGAACCACGAGGCCUUCCAGCUCAUCGAGGUCCAGGUCUUGUCUAACUGGGGCCACCAGGAGUACACCUGCAUGUACCGCUUCAGAGUGCACGGCACACCGCGCCCCACGUGAGCCCCGCCUCCUCCAGGGGGCGGAGUCUACAGAGACCACGACGCAUGACGCUUCUGUCAAUAGUUGAUAUUUUAAAACGUCUUCCAGGUCUGCUGAGGCUCCUCCUCUUAUUGCAGUCAGAUGUUGUUCCUCAACAAAACGGACCAAACGUCUCCUCGGCGAAGAUGAGGUGACGUUUUUUUCCCUUUAAGGAAUUCGAAAAGGAAACUUUUUUAAUAUAAAAGAAAUUGGGGUUCAAACGUUUAGUUUAAUUAGUUUUUCUUUGCAGAAGAUGAAAGUAAAAUUCUUUCCCGCUAACGGACUCGUGAUCUUCGUUGUCAUGACAACAACCUUAAGCCUUAAGAUUCCAUGUUUAUUUAUUUGUGUCUUGUAUUUUUAUUACGGCCUGUC